AACACCCCUGCCUCCUUGCCAUCACAUCCGGUACAUCAGCCGCAUCGCCAUAUUAAGUGUUCUGCUUAGACUAGACGCCGUAAUUCUCUCCAAUAUCAACCUUAUUAAAUAGACGGCUGCUGUGAUUUGACAUGAACGAAUUUCUCUAACAAAAAUUCAGCAUAUUUUUUUAAAAGACAAAAAAAAAACUCAGCCCGUAUAUAUGUUUAUUUGAAAUAUAUACACAAAAUAUUUAUGUAUAUAUAAAUAUAUAAAUACACGUAUGAUCGUAGAGUUGCCUCAUGAUGUUGUUCUGGCAACCCUGGCUUCUGGUUCUUCUAACAGUACUUCCUUUUACAUUAGGUCAAAGUAGUAAGAAACACAAUAUAUGUCAAAAGCAGAUAACAUGUGGAGCGUGUAUAACAGCAGGAGAAGGCUGCAGUUGGUGUAGCAAGGAGGUUUUUCCACAUAAACGCUGUGAUAGUAUGAAAACUCUUAUGAGGCUUGGCUGUGAUGGUUUUAUUGAUAAUCCUGAUCACUCAGUAGCUUCUGUUAAGAAUGAUACUGUAAAGAAUGCUAACGGUAAUCAACAAGCAAUUCAAAUCCAACCUCAGAAACUAAGAAUAAAGAUCCGACCAAAUAAACCAUAUAAGUUUAAAUUGGUGUUUCGGUUAGCUGAAGAUUAUCCAGUUGACUUAUAUUACCUCAUGGACUUGUCUAAUUCAAUGGCUGAUGACAAAGAAAAAUUAGCAAGUCUUGGGAAUCUCAUUGCUGCAGACAUGUCUAAAAUUACUAAAGACUUUCGUCUGGGUUUUGGAUCAUUUGUUGACAAAACAGUGUCUCCUUAUAUCAGCAUUGUACAAAAAAAAAUGCAAACACCUUGUGCUAAAUGUACCAAAGCAUAUGGCUUUAAGCAUCAGUUAACAUUAGAUCUUAAUACAUCAUUGUUUGCAAACAAAGUAUAUGAGGCACCUGUAUCUGGUAAUCUGGAUUCACCUGAAGGUGGUUUUGAUGCUAUCAUGCAAUCCAUAGUGUGUGAUGAUAUUGGUUGGCGAGAUGUGUCUCGUCGUAUGUUAGUAUUUUCCACAGAUUCUGACUUUCAUUAUGCAGGUGAUGGGAAACUUGGUGGGAUAGUAAUUCCAAAUGAUGGCCAUUGUCACUUAAAUAAAGCUGGCGAGUAUACUCUAACAGAUAAACAGGACUAUCCUUCAAUUGGCCAACUUGCAAAUAAGAUCCAAGAAAUGAAAGUUAAUGUAAUAUUUGCUGUAACAUCUGACCAAUUGGAGAUAUAUCAGAGCUUGAGUAAGUUUAUUGAAGGUUCUACUGCUGGAAGACUAGAUGAUGACUCUAGCAACAUUGUCAGCCUUAUUCGAAAAAAUUAUCAGAAAAUCACAUCAAAAGUGGAACUUAAUACAAUUGGGGCUGAAAAUGUGACAGUCAAGUUUUUUUCAUCAUGUGUUGGAAAUUCAUCAGAUUACGCAGAGACUAAUAUAUGUAAAAAACUGAAAAUUGGAGAAGAGGUAACAUUUGAUGUCAGCAUUGAAGUACAUUCUUGUUCCUCAGAAACACAGCGCUCUAUCAGUAUUUAUCCAGUUGGCUUGAAAGAGAAACUGACAAUUGACCUAGAUAUGAUUUGUGAAUGUGAGUGUGAAAAGCCGAAGUAUGAAAAAAAAAACUAUGCACUGUGCAACAAUAGUGGAACUUAUGAGUGUGGUGCAUGUACAUGCAAUGAAGGUCAUUAUGGUAAAUAUUGUGAAUGUGAUGGCUCUGAUGCUAGUGAUGAAGAAGCAUUAGCAAAAUGCAUUAGACCAAACAGCACUACUGCUUGUUCUGGACGUGGUGAUUGUGUUUGUGGCAUAUGUGAUUGUUUUCCUCGCACUACAAGUUCAAAUGAGACUUACAGUGGGGAUUAUUGUGAAUGUGAUGAUUAUUCUUGUGAUUAUUAUAAUGGAAAACUAUGUGGAGGAGAAGAACGUGGCCAUUGUGAAUGUGGUCUAUGUAAGUGUAAUGAUGGAUUUAAAAACUCAGAUUGUGGAUGUGCUACUUCUAAUGAUUCCUGUAUAGCUUUAUCAACUGGACUUAUAUGUAAUGGACAAGGGCAAUGUGAUUGUGGCACAUGUAAAUGCUUUGAAACUACAUUAUACAGAGGUCCUACAUGUGAAGAAUGUCCAACAUGUCCUGGAAAAUGCAAUGAAACUAAGGCUUGUGUACAGUGUUCAAUUUUUCAAACAGGCCAGUUGACCAUUGAAGAAUGUGAUAAAUGCAAGAAUAUUGAAAAUGUAAAAGAACUUCGAGAUGAUGAAAACUUAAAGCACUGCCGACUUGUUGAUGAAGAUGACUGCAUUGUUUUCUACACUUAUGAAUACAACAAUAAGAGUGAAUUAUUAAUUGAAGUGAAAGAGAAAAAAUCCUGUCCAACGUCAGUAAAUGUAAUAGCCAUCGUUGUUGGAGUUAUAGUUGGCAUUGUUGCUGUAGGAUUAGCCCUAUUACUUAUCUGGAAGUUAAUAACAACUAUUCAGGAUCACAGAGAAUUAGCAAAAUUUGAAAAUGAAAGAAAUAAAGCACAAUGGAAUGCAGGUGAAAAUCCAAUCUACAAGCCAUGUACCACAGUUUUCAAGAAUCCUCAAUAUGUUGGUGGUUACAACUAAGCAGACAAACUAAAAAUUCUGGAAUUAUCUCUUGUUUUCUUGUUAAAGAAGCUGUUCAACUUCUUGGAUAUAUCAUCUCUUUGAUCAUGUGAGAUUUUCAGAUUGUAUGCUGAAAACAUGAUGCAAAUAUGUUUGUUUUGUAAAUAACUAUUGUAGAUUAUGCAUCGAAUCCAACAGCCAUCAGAUUGUCAAAAGUUUAAGGACAUCUACACUAUAGCUUCAAUUUGUAAAUAAAUCUCAUGGCUUAACAUACUAUGCAAAAUUAAACAACUGAUUUGACAAUUUUAAUUAAGAAUUCAAUCAUUUGAUAUAGAAAUAUGUUCAUUCUGUCUAUUUGCUUUAUGGUAAAAGGAAGGUUUUUUAAUAUGUAAAUCUAUUUAAUUUUUAAACAGAUUUACAUAUAAUUUACAAUUACAAAUAAUUUUUACAAAUAAUUUUUCAGUUAUUACUGAUUAUGUAGGGUGUGUGAUUUCACUUUAAACUUUAUUAUUACUUUUGUUCUUGUAAAGUUGAAAACUUAUUUUAAGCAUGUACUUGACCAAAAAAUAAAAAGAAAAUAUAUUUAUUUAUCAUGAGAUUAAAAUUUUAAAAUGGAAAUUGCUACAAUAAAUCUGUAGUCAAUUUUUAAUGACCUUAUGUAUAUAGCAAUAAUUAUAUCAAUUAUUUCUGCUAUUUUCAACUAUUAUUGUAUUUCUUGUUUCUAGUAUGUUACUUGGCUUUAUACCAAUUCUGUCUUUCAUAUGUGAAUGCUUCAUCAAAUUAUCUCAGUUUCAAUGAAUUUACUCUAAUUUUAGUUAAAAAAUGAUUUAAAUAUUUUGCUAAAAUUGUUUUUUUUAAGUAAAUAUUUACAUAAUAUUACCAAUAUUUUAUUUUUCCAUUCAAGUUUUAUUUCAAAAUUAAUAUUUCAAUUUUAAUAUUUUUUCUUACCACAAAAUGAAAAUAGAAAAUUUUCCUUAAGUCAUUUUUAUAUUAUUAACUAAAUUUUUUACAUUUUUUUCUUACAACUUUUAUUAUGAUAUUUUCCCCACUAAAUUUAAAUUCUGCAGUGGUCAGCUUUGUCUUUCAUCUUUCCAAAAAGCUGAAAAAAAAAGUACCAUUUUAAGUACUAAAGUCAAUUUAAUUGACUACCCUCCUCUCUCUUAAAAUGUCUAGUCUUAUGCCUGUGUUAGAAAUCAUUAUUUUUCAUUGCAGUUAUCUCUUUUCUAUGUAUAAUUUACCAUGUAGCCUUUUUAUUCAGUCAAAAUGAUUUUUAUAUAAAUAAUGGCUGGGAUAUUUCACACUAAUGCUUUUAUGCAAUUGCAGUUUAAGUUGCCUUACAUUUUUAUAAAACUGCACUGUAAAAAUUUGUAACAAAAAAAUUAAAUGUAAUCAAUUGCCAUAGUAAAAUAUUUAUAAAAUUAUUUUAAAUAUUUACAAAAAUAUUUUACUAAGGCAAUUAAGUAUAUAUAAUUUUUUAUAUCUUUAUAAAAUUGCAUUUGGUAUAAAAAAAAUUAAUUUGUUUCUUAGUAUAUCUUUUGUCAGUUUUUAACCCCCAAAACAUCUUUUAGGAAAUAUAUAAAUUCAUAUUUUGUCUGGAUUUUCUUACAUUUCUUAUAUAUAAAAAAUGCUGUUUUACUUAUUAGGAAACUAAAUAUGUCUGUGUUUUGUUGGUGGGGUGAGAGCUGUAUACCAAAAUCUGAGUCAUUUAAAGGCAUUCAUAUUAAUAUUAAAAUUCUUCCAAAGAACAUGUGGUUUUUAUCAAACAAUGAUAUAAACAGUUAUCACAAUUUUUGAGCGUUUCCAAAUUCUCUAUUUCCAAACCCAGGCUUUGGUAUUGUCUAUCAUAUUAGAUGAAUUUAAAGUUCCUAUAUUUUAAUGUUGGCACUAAGGGCUUUAAAAUUUGUAGAAUAUAUUCUAACAUCCAUGGCAAUAUAAUAGAAUUACUCCCACUGAUUAGGAAAUGAAAACUUUGCCAUUAAAAUUUUUGUAGUUUUCAUUUUUUAAGAAGAAAGAAUACUUCCCUAAACUGUGGAGAAAGUUUGUACAGUUUUUUUUUUUUGUUUGUUGUUUUGUUUUUUAAUUAGCUGGAGAGUAAACAUGGGCAAUGAGGAAGUUCCAGAAAGAAGUAGUUCAUAAGAGAUAGGAUUUGGUAAAGUGUUUAUAGUGCAGAGAUUGGGUGACAAGAGGAAGAAAUUUUAUGUUCAUUAUGCAUAUUUGACACAAAGCUAUUGUGCUGAAGGAGAAUAGAACUUGCUGAUUAAGCAAGUGGUUGUGGGUGUUAGUAAGAGUAGACUUGCCUAUCAGAUAUCUUUUCUCUAGCUGUAGUCUAGAAUGUGUUUAUUUAUGGGCACAAUCAAAAAGGAUGUUAUUUCAUUUGGUUGAGGUAGCUCAAUGUAUUUUUUCUUAAUUGAUGAUACCAACCAAAUUAAAAUUAUUUUAAUAUUGAUUUUAAAAACUUUGCUUUCUUAUGAACCAAAUAACAUUCUUAGCAUUUCUAACUUUCACUUCUCUUUAUCAUAUUUUUUUAAUUUACCAAUCAUUUUUUUUUCCUUCUUCCAAAUUAUCAAAAAUAUCAUCAUACAAAAUGUCCUUCAUAUAAGACUACUUGAAGACUGACAUUGCUGUCUCAUCGUGUUAUGCCAAAAACAAAAAGAUAAAGGAAAAGUCUAAAUGCCAAUAUUGUUUUUAUUUAGUAUGACUGUUACUCUGUUAUGUCAACUUGCAUUCCCUCUUAAAUAUGCCUGCUUUUAUUCUAUUUGAAAAAAAAUGUAUAUAUAAAGUACAUAUUAAGUGUUAGUGUACUUUGCAGGCAUUACACCAUUCCUCCUCUUUUAUCACUCCUCUCUCCCUUUUACUCUGUAAUUUGUUAACAUGCAAUUUCAAGUUUCAGUAGACUCUUGAUCUCAUCAUUAUGGCAUACAGUAACUGUUCACUUGUGUCUUUAUUUCUAUUGUUAAAUAUUUAUCUCAAAUGUUACAAGUUGGAAAAAUCUUUCUGAGAGGUAUGAGUUUUGUAAAGCAAGAAGUAAACUACCAGUGAUCUGGAACCACAUUCCAGUUUCAGUUCCUGAUUGGAUUUUCUUUCCUUUCAUUUACACUACUAAUAGUCUUCAGAAAGACAUACAUGUCGCAACUUCUCAUUUCUUCUCUUUCCCAAAACAUAAGAUUUUGGUGCUUAGUCCAAAGAAAUCAAUAUUCUCUGGGGUUUUUUUAACCUCUGUUAACACUUGAUUGAGAAAAGUAUAAAAUGAGUCUAUGUAUUCUAGUCUCAUGAUUUUUUUUUGUAAUACUUUUAUAAGUUUAUUUUUAUUUUACAGUUUUUAUUGUGAAGCAUUAUUAUUGAGUGUUAUUUAGUACUCUGUCCAUUACAAAUGUAUCAUCUGGGAAAUAGUCGUGUCUUUUUAAGAAUUUCAUGAGAAAUGUUUUUCUCUCUGUUUGGAAAUAAUUGUUAAUUGGUAACAUUUUUCAUUUUGACCAAACUGGAAAAUAAUUAUGACAGCUGAAAAUUAAGCCCUCUAUUGGUAGCAAAUAAAAAGAAAAAAGUUUUAAUGAUAUCUCUUUGUAUUUAUACUUCACAAUGUCAAUUGUUUAAAAUAACCUGCUCUAAAUAAAUAAAAAGGAAAAUCCAUUUGCAGCUCUCACUGGACUCUUUAAUUAGAUUUCAAUCAAACGUAACCUUUCUCUCAGGGAAAUACUAAAUAAUAUACACAUCUCAAACUAUAAUUAUAAAAUCAUGUAGCUGUCAUACAAAAUCAACAGUUAGUUUCAUAUUAACAGCUCUGUAGAUUAUUUUAUCAUUCAAAAUGUAGCUUUGAAAAUAUUUAAUUUUCGUGUUAGCAAUUCCAUAUUGAUUAUGCUAUUGUAUUUAUAGUUAACAAAAAAAACUUACCCCUUUUCAUUACAAAAUUAUCCUGUAUCUUGGAUUUUCCUCUUUUAAAAAGUAAAUUCACUGAUACUGCAUUAAUUCUUCAACUGUAGGAACUAUUAUAAAGUUAAAGUCAUACAGCACAAUUUUGUGGCUUACAACUCUUUGAUAUGUUUUACAUGGAUGACUGCUUAAGAACCAAGUGUCUUUAGCUCCAGUUGAAACCUAAACUGCUGAUCAUUGUGCUCAAUUUUGACAAUGAAAUGCUUCUAACUGAAUAUAACAUUUGGGUUUCAAUUUCAUACUGUAGGAAUUUUACAUAUUUAUAUACAUUUAUUUCUAACUUAUGGUGCUAUUUGAAAAGAAAAAUAUUUUCUUGUCUAAAUGUUUUCUUUUUGUUUGUUUGUUUGUUUGCACUGGAUAAGUAGGACAUGUAAAUUAAUGAAUGGUAUUUACUACUGAAUUUGAUCUCCUCACAAUUCAUACAGUACCCUUAUAAAGCAAACAUUUUAGGGCAACUGUGAUUUCAGGUCACACUGAAUCAGUGAUCUGGCUUUGGUUCUCAAUUGAAGUUGUUUUGCUUAUACUGGCUCUAAAUACCUUUGGAGAAGCCAUGAACAUCAUAGAGCCUUUGUAAUGAUAGAGAUGUAUUCAAAUAAAGAAAUAAUCUAAUUUGUACAAAUUUCAGAAUCUCCAAAUUUGGUAUUUUACAGUUUUUCAUUUACUUUAGUUUUUACACAUAAAUAAAUUAAAAUAAAACAGCUCUUAAAAUUAAUUUUUUAUAACUUUUAUAUAUUUCCUUUUCAAUUAACAAGAACUAAAUCUUGUACAACUUGAUCUUCUCAGUUAGACAGUGUAAUUAAAAAUAUUUGGAUAUACAUAAUUUAUUUGACAAAUUCUCAUUGCUGGCUGAGGCAAAAUGACUAAUUUAUUGAUUAUUGGUAACUUUCUUUUCAAUAAGUAUCUUUCAUUUUGAGCUGCCCUAAUUUUUAAGUCAACAGUUUUAUCUUCAAUUAUAAAAUUGUAUCUAUCACAGACGUGUAAAUCACUACACCUACUGUUUCACCUAAUAAAAUUUAUUUUGGUACAUUUCAUGACUUUUAGUUAAAUUUCAAUUAUUUGAUUUUAAAAUAUCAAUUAUUUUUUUAAAUUCUGAUACAUAUACUUAAUGUUAACACCACUGAGAGCUUGUAGGCUCCUGGCAAAUCUGCACCCAGUUUUAUUCACAGUUCCAUUUAUAUUUAACUUGUAUCUUGUUUCUGUAAGUGUAAUUGUUGAAAGAUGGGUUCCAUCAGACUUUUCCUCGACACACUUCAUGAAGACAGUCUUCAGUGCUUGUCUAAAAACCUGAUUGGUUACAAGGCUGUUAUGAUUUAAUUUCGUCCAACUUUAUUGAAUAAAAAAUAGACAAAGAAAUUU